UGAGGAGAGCCGGGCCGGGCCUGCUGGCGGGGCUCAGCCCCGGAAGGUGACAACCACCAGCCAACUACAAGACUGCCACAAUGAGUUUUGUUGAAUAUGGAGAUACGAUACAGGAUGGUGACACAGCUAUUGUGUUCUUGGGCCAUGAAUCCAUGUUUCCUGUGAAAGUCCAGCAUGGCACUGUAACUCAGACUAAGUACGGGGUCAUCAGGCAUUCCACGGACCUCAUAGGCAAGAAGUACGGCUCCAAAGUGACCUGCAGUAAAGGAGGAUGGGUGUUUAUUCUUCAUCCAACUCCAGAACUGUGGACCAUGAAUCUUCCACACAGGACGCAGAUUCUGUAUUCCACUGACAUCUCUAUAAUCACCAUGAUGUUAGAACUGAAGCCAGGCUCCAUAGUAUGUGAAUCAGGUACAGGCAGUGGAUCCCUCUCCCACGCUCUCAUCAGGACAGUGGCUCCCACAGGGCACCUGUACACGGUGGAGUUCCACCAACAGAGGGCCGAGAAGGCCAGGGAGGAGUUUCGAGAGCAUGGAGUGGAGCAUCUGGUCACCGUGACCAACCAGGAUGUCUGCAAAAAUGGGUUUGGUGUCUCCAACAUUGCAGAUGCCGUGUUCCUAGAUAUUCCAUCUCCGUGGGAAGCCAUAGGACAUGCAAAGUCAGCGUUAAAAGCUGAAGGUGGCCGCAUCUGUUCUUUCUCCCCUUGUAUUGAACAAGUCCAAAGAACCUGCCUAGCGAUGGAAGAAUAUGGUUUUACAGAGGUUAACACCUUGGAAAUUCUGCUCCGAGUGUACAAUGUAAGGACAAUUAGCUUGCAAAUCCCUGACCUUGGAAAAGCAGCUGAGGAUAAUUCUAGCACUGGCUUUGACAGCAGCAACUCAUCAAACCAAGGUAGCCCAUGCGCUAAUCUGCAGCAAGGAACCGUGCAGUUCAAAAGCGGUGUGCCGCUCAGGGAGAUGGUUGGUCACACUGGAUACCUGACCUUUGCCACCAAGAGCCUGUUUUAGUACAUGUUGGGUUCGUGCAGUUUGGAGUGUUUUGUGUGUUUGUGUGUGUAUUCUGUUUUCAUGGUUCUUUUUUGUAGGGCAUCCAAAUUUUUACUUGUCAGGGAAUUCCAUAUAUAGUCAGAUUUGGUUGGAAUAUGCUUUGUUUAGAUAGCACACAAGCAUUAACCAGAGCAGCAUUAAGGGAAUGUUGAAACUCUGGAAUGGUGCUCCACUUGCCGUCAGAAAGAAGAUAAAUUAAUAGCGAAUGGCCAUUCACUGGAAUGUGCAGAAUAAAGAUCCCUCCCGAUAAGAAAGCAAAACAAACAGCACACUAAUUGCAAAUAAGUUGGAUUUUUUCCUCUUCUUUUCUGAAUUACUUUGCCAGGUUUAUGUUUUUAUUUUUUUCUAGCACCCCUAGACACUUUUUUUUUAAACUUCUCUAGUGUCUGUGUUGCUCUUAGGAAUGUGAAAGUGCCUACUUGCUUCCUUUUAGAUACGGAAGUUGAAAGGUCAUAGGCUUGCCAGCACGACUGAUCACAGAAUUAGUGUUUCCUUGGAAUAGUGUUCGGCUGCACAGAGGAUUAUUGGCAGUGCUCAGGAACACAACCUCUCACUCCAUUCCACGCUGGCAUCUGCAAAUCAUGUAGAUUACACAAAGGUCGAAGAAGUGUGCUAACUGUUGGAUUUGGUUUAAAAUAGUGUGUUGUGCUCAUCAAUUUAUAGUAGAAAUUUGGACCUGGAUUCGUACUGUAGUCUUCUAAUAGAUCAUCCACUUUCAUAGUUCAUGAAUCCACUGUGAAAAUUCACUGAACAGCUGGUUAAUAUUAUCUGAACACCUCUUUGUAAGCGGUGUGGCUAUAAGGUUCUGUUUGUUUGGUGUUUUAUGUGCAUUAUGGUGUACUAUCUUCCUGCCAUUGAAUGACAGAUUGCCUUUGGCAGGAUUUCUGUCUCCAAAUUGCAACAACAAUGCAAACUUAGUAAAAUCCUCAACCAGCUUUAUUAAUUAAGUUUUCAGACCAUUUACUCUUUGGUCUUCCAUACAAAGCUGGUGGGUGUGAUGAACUAUUUGAAUGCUGGAUUAAAUUUUGUAUUUAAUAAUUAUGCAAAUUUAUAAAGUUCCUUCUUUCUUUUUCCUUUUUUUUUUCUUUUAACGAAUUCACAAAUAUUUUUAUUCCAGCCACUAGUACUGUCUCCAGAAGCGUUUAGCUGUGCCUUGCAUUUGGUACCUGAAUAAAAUGAUUGCCAUGUAAGAAAAAUAACCAUUCAUAAACUGCUGCCUGAACAUUUGAACCUGAUAUCCCUCCCCCAUUCUUGACAAAAAUAAACAAAGUUAAGCUUUUAACGUGUUAUAGCAGAACGCUAAUCCAUAACGGUUUAAAGAAAGCUCAACCGAUCACGACAGCAAAUAUAAACUGUUGAGCAGAUUAAAGGCAGAAAGCAAUUCUGUUGAACUAAAUCGGUUAUGUAAGUUGGCCUACAACUGUAGCAUUUCUCCAGAAAUUAUGUGAAAGUUCUCUUUCUACUGCUGUUAAUGUCCUCCAGAAAGGCAUGCAGUAAACUGUUAACACUGUU